AUGCUCAAGGAGGCAGAGGAACUCAUUGAGAGUAUGCCAAUGACACGAGAUGUUGCUACUUGGGGUGCCUUACUAGGGGCGUGUAAGAAACAUGGGGACCACGAUAUGGGAGAGAGGAUAGGCAGAAAGCUCAUUGAGCUUGAUCCUGACCAUGAUGGGUUCCACGUAUUGUUGUCGAAUAUAUACGCUUCAAAAGGUAACUGGGAUGAUGUUCAUGAGAUUAGGGAAAUAAUGGUGCAACAUGAGGUGGUAAAGAUGCCAGGUUGUAGCAUGAUUGAAGCAAAUGGAAGAGUUCAUGAGUUUUUAGCAGGAGACAGCAAACACCCUCAAAUAGAGGAGAUUGAGAAGAAGCUAGAUGAAAUGGCUAAGAAACUGAAGAUGGAAGGUUAUGCACCAGAUACAAAUGAGGUUUCAUUUGACAUUGAUGAAGAAGAGAAGGAAACUACUCUUUUCAGACAUAGUGAGAAACUCGCUAUUGCCUUUGGGCUUAUCUAUACAAGUCCGCCAACACCAAUAAGAAUAAUAAAGAAUUUGCGAAAAUGCAAUGAUUGUCACAUGGCAGCAAAGUUCAUCUCGAAAGCUUUCAGUCGCGACAUUGUGCUGAGGGAUCGGCACCUGUUUCACCACUUUAAGCAAGGAUCUUGUUCUUGCAAGGAUUAUUGGUAG